CGUGUCCAGCGAGGAACAAUUAUUUUGGCGAUGCAUGCUUCUUUGAGUGCUUCGAGAAGCAAAUGUUGGGGUUUACGACAGGCGGGAUGACACGGCUACGACCUUGGAUUUAAGGUUCUUACGUAGCUUGGCAGAUUGCCGAGGUCUAGCGUGGAACGCGUCAACGCGUCUCCGUGUCGCAUGCAAGUCGCGACGAGGCUAUUUUGAGAUUUCAAUGAACCUAGGUAGAUGCUAAGAAUUGAGAUAGACAUUCCAAAUUCGCAAAAUCCAACAAUGCUUGCAAUUGAAAAGAAAACCAAAGGCCAUGAGGGCAAAUGCACACCCAAUGUGCUGCCAUGCCGGAUAAAUCACAAUGGACCCGUCGACGCCUCCAAAAGGUACUGGAAUCCGACUCAGACUGCUGAUGAUAAAACUUCAGCGUACUUCAGAGGACGGAAGUUAUACGGCAAGAAAGUCACCGUCCCAGAAGGGUACCGAGGAGUUGUGCUUUCUACCACUGAUCGGAUACUCCCAAAACCCGCAGCAGAAACAAACGAAGAUGAGGAGGAUGCGGAGGAAGAGCCGGAGGUCAAAAUUAUGGAGGAACAGUCGGACUUUGAUGAGAUAAUGGUCUGGGGACAUGAGUCUGUACCGGAAAAUGCGGCGGAUCCUUAUGUGAAGGGAAUGGAUGAGUGGAUUGCGUUCUCGCAACAGAUUCACUCGUACAAGCCAGCCGAUUCUAGUACGGCGUAAUUUUUCAGGGUGCAUUGUUUGGCGUUGGGAGAUACCAGGCUGAAUGGAAUGUCAAUCAUUUUCGGACUUUAAUCUCGGAGAAAGCUCCUGCUUGAUGCUCUCUUCCUCUGCUUGACAUUUCCGUCUAC